AUGAGGGGAGAGGAAGGAGGAAGAAGCAGCGCCGCCGCCUCCAGCCCAGCCCAGCCCAGCCCAGCCCGGAAGUCCCGCCUCCCGCGCCGCGCUUCCGCUUCCGGCCGGUGCCCUUGUGCGGCGGGGGGCAAGAUGGCGGCGGCGGGGGCGCUGCGGCUGUGGCUGGGCGGGCCGGGCGGGCGUCCGUCGUCCGCUGGUUCAAAGGCCGCCUCUCUCCAUUGGACCAGCGAGCGAGCAGUCAGCAUCCUCCUGCUUGGACUCCUGCCAGCAGCCUAUCUGUAUCCUGGAGCAGCUGUGGAUUACUCCCUGGCAGCAACCCUCACACUCCACGGGCACUGGGGCCUGGGUCAGCUUGUAACUGACUACGUCCACGGAAAGAGCUCCAUUAAACUGGCCAACGCUGGCCUCUACCUGCUUUCGGCAGUCACCUUUGCCGGCCUCUGCUACUUCAACUACCACGACGUGGGCAUCUGCAGGGCAGUGGCGAUGCUGUGGAGCCUCUGA